AUGGCCCAUUUUAAAGAAGUAUCUGAGCAGUCAGGUCUGCACCCUAAGCCAGUGGGAUUAGUGUUGCAGUAUGGCACGGCUGGCUUCAGGACCAAUGCCAGUCAGUUGGACCACAUUAUGUUCAGGAUGGGCUUGCUGGCCACACUCCGCUCCAAGAAGACUAAAGCCACCAUUGGAGUCAUGGUGACAGCAUCUCACAACCCUGAGGAGGACAACGGGGUGAAGCUUAUUGACCCGAUGGGGGAGAUGUUGACAUCAUCAUGGGAAGGCUAUGCCACUCAGCUGGCCAACACUGAGCAGGAAGAGUUGAUCCCAGCUCUGAAGGAUAUUAUCGAGAAGGAGGCCAUCAAUAUGAGCCAGGAGGCCAAUGUAUUUGUUGGAAAAGAUACCAGGAGCAGCAGUGCUAGCCUUUCAAAAGCAGUAUUGGAUGGAGUUAAAGCUCUUGGUGGUAACAGCAAAGACUAUGGGUUGGUGACCACCCCUCAGCUGCACUACAUGGUUUGCUGUCAAAACACACAGGGGAAAUAUGGAGAGGCAACUGUGGAAGGAUACUACAAUAAACUCAGCCAAGCGUUCUCCCAGCUUGCUAAGAAUGCUUCAAAUCGUACAGAUGACCAAAAGCACCUUAGUGUGGAUGGUGCUAAUGGCAUUGGAGCCAUAAAGGUACGAGAAAUUGAGAGUCACUUAAAAAGAAACCUGCAGCUUUCCAUUUUUAAUGACGGCAGCAGAGGAAAGCUGAACCACCAAUGCGGAGCCGACUUUGUCAAGGUGCAGCAGAAGCUUCCAACAGGCAUUGAGAUCAACCCUGGAGAUCGCUGUUGUUCUUUCGACGGUGAUGCUGACCGAAUAGUUUAUUACUACACAGACUCUCAGGGUGACUUCCACCUGCUUGAUGGAGACAAGAUAGCAACUCUCAUUAGUACCUUUCUGAAAGAGUUACUUAAUGAGGCUUGUCUUGAUUUGAAAAUAGCUGUGGUGCAAACUGCUUACGCGAAUGGCAGCUCAACAUACUACCUGGAAAACACCAUGAAUGUCAUUGUGAAAUGUACUAAGACUGGAGUAAAACAUCUACAUCAUGCAGCCCAAGAAUUUGAUGUUGGUGUCUAUUUUGAGGCCAACGGCCAUGGGACUGUGUUGUUCAGUAGGGAAGCUGAAGAGAAAAUCCAGCAACUAGCCAGUGACACCAACAUCAUUGAUGAGCGGAAGAAAGCAGCUCUGCUGCUGCAGAAUACCAUCAACAUCAUCAACCAGACUGUUGGAGAUGCCAUUUCUGACAUGCUGUUGAUUGAGGCCAUAUUAGCCAUUAAAGGGAUGACAGUCCAGCAGUGGGACACCAUCUACAGUGACCUGCCAAACAGGCAGUUAAAAGUGAAGGUUUCUGACCGCAGAGUCAUUGAGACAACAGAUGCAGAGAGACGGGCGGUGACCCCAGCAGGGCUGCAGGACGCCAUUGACGGUUUAGUGAAGAAGUAUAGACAGGCUCGCUCCUUUGUGAGGCCCUCUGGCACCGAGGAUGUGGUGAGAGUUUAUGCCGAGGCAGAAACCCAGGAGAGUGCGGAUGCUCUGGCUCAUGAGGUCAGCCUUGCUGUGUAUAGCCUGGCAGGGGGAGUAGGAGAUGAACCUAAACCUCUGAAUUAAAACCCGACUCACACACUGUAGCUGCAUGAAUUUGCCAAAUCAACAUUUUGGAAGAAAUCUUGGUGGGUUUUCAUUCUCUAAAUAUUUUUUUCCAGGGAGGUGCUAUUAUGUCAUAAUGUUUAACCGCACUUUUUACUUCAUUCCUUUCUUUAUAACUGAUU